AACAUCGUUCCGCCGAAGGGUCGUCGCACAACCGCCUAGUCAGAGCUUCGAGGCUUCGGGACAGCGAGGAGAGUCGAACAGUUCUAACUCAGUGAACACCAGCGCAAAAUGGCUUACUCCUGGGAUAACCGCGUCAAGUACCUCGUCAGGUACAUGUACGACAUCGACAACAACGGCUUCCUGGACAAGAACGACUUCGAUUGCCUCGCCGUCCGCGUCACCCUCAUCGAAGGCCACGGCGAGUUCGCCCCCGACACCUUCGCUUCCAACCAGAAGAUCAUGACUAACCUGUGGAACGAAAUCGCCGAGUUGGCUGACUUCAAUAAGGACGGCGAAGUGAGUGUUGAGGAGUUCAAGCAGGCUGUCCAGACACACUGCAAGGGCAAGAAGUACGAGGCCUUCCCCUCUGCCUUCAAGGUCUUCAUCUGCAACCAGUUCAAGACCAUUGAUGUGAACGGCGAUGGAUUGGUCGGUGUUGACGAGUACAGGCUGGACUGCAUCACACGCGCUGCCUUUGCUGAUGUCAAGGAGAUCGACGACGCCUUCGACAAGCUCUGCACCGAGGAGGACAAGAAGGCCGGCGGCAUCAACAAGACCCGCUACCAGGAGCUCUACGCCGAGUUCAUCUCCAACACCGACGAGAACAGCAACGCCUGCUACCUCUUCGGGCCUCUGAAGGAGGUGCAGUAGAAGGGCCGAUGACCUCUUUCCACCUCCAGCUUCCUCCUCCUCCUCCAUCAAGCCUCCUCCUUCAAGCUUCCUGCUCCAGCGCCUCCUCCUUCAGUUUCCACUUCCCCGGAAUUUGAAAAGAGGGUCGAAAUUUGAAGAAGGAAAAACAAAAAAAAUAAUAAUGUUGCGGUGGAUUGAUAUGAGGAGAAAAUGUUUAAAAAUAGGUAAAAAGUGAAUUAAUUCGGAAGGAAAUUCGAAUUUGAAAUGGGGGAGAAAUUCGUGAAAAUCGGUCUUUUUAUAACCAGAAAAGAUUUCCUCCUCUCCCUCCUCUUCCCUUUCAGCCAUUGCAUCCUGCAUUUUUUUUUUUAAAUCCUCACUAUACCUUCACUUGAUCGAUUUCCAUUUUUUUAUACUUUAAAUAAUGACCAUUUACUUUCUUAUUUCUAUUUUUUUUUAGUUAUCAGUUAUUUCUCUGUUCUCGAAGUAGUUGUCGAUGUGCUCGUGUAAUUAAAAAAAUGUAUAUUUCAGUUUGUCCUUAGACUCGGCAUUCUCUCAUGACCGGAAAUGGGCUGGUUGUGUGUCCGCAACUUUGUUCGUUCUCAACCAAUAAAGAUUUAAUUGUUGA